AUGUGCUGAAGUUUGAUGUGAGUUUUGCGCGAGAGAGGUGAGUUGUUGCUGCCUCGAAGCUAACCGAAAUCUGCCUCGAAACUAACCGAAAUCUGCCUCGAAACUAACCGAAAUCUGCCUCGAUCCUAACCGAAAUAUGCCUCGAUCCUAACCGAAAUCUGCCUCGGUCCUAACCGAAAUCCGCUUUCCUUCGCCGUCCGUUACUUUCAAACAUCUAGUUACGGUAGUUAGCAAAAGCUCAAAGCAGGAGACCACGGAGAUGAUUCUUUCUAAGCGGAUAGACUAUGAACAUUUUGAGACUCAGUCUCAAUAUUCGACAGACCAAGGAAGUCAAGGAGGUGAGACCGGUGGCUACAUCAGGCUGAAUCUGCAGUAUUGUGUGAGGUGGGGAAGCUCCAUGCGUCCAUCCAGACUGAGUCGCUCAGCCUCUAACAAGGCCUCUGAAGCCUGGGGCUCCAGUGACCAUGCUGCCCAGCCGGGGAUGACGAGGAGGAGGAGGAGGAGUAGUAGUAGGCGGCGAGGGCAGGGUGAAGGGACAGGGCCCGACUGGGACUCUGCUGACUCAAGCAUCGUGAUCUCAGAUGAGGCCACGGAUCAUGACCUGAUUGACCAUCACCAUGGAAACCACAGUGUCUCAGAAUGUGGGUCACCACCGCUAGAGCUGUCAGUCAGCCAGGGGAAGGCUGUAAUUGGUGGAAAGGUGACGGGGCAGACGGAAAGAGGCGUAGAGUCAGACGCUGAAUCCUGCUGCUCAUUGGACAGCAUUGUCUCUGGCCCCUCUUUCAUGGUUCAAGGCACUCCACUAACUCUUCCCCCUGGUCUGUGUUUGACAUGUCAGAGACUUCACAGAGAAGCCCAGAGGGGAAGACCCACUCCGCUGGACAAACUAACAGACAACGAUCCCACUUCCUUGUCAUGUGACCAAUGGGUUCUCAUGAAGAAGUGGACACCCAGAAGACCACAGAACAUUAAAGGGAGGCUGUGGAUCCAUCUGGGCCGGAUUAGACACAGAGAGCAGACCAGGGGAGAACAGCCAGCCUGCUCCAGACCACACAUUUUCCUACAGAGGAACCUGAGGAGAUAUGAGAACCAGGCUGUGAGCAGAGGGAGGAAGAGGAAGAAGAGGUCCAGAGGAAGUCGUCAGAAGGCGGGAACAUGCAUCCAAAGCAAUAGUCUCAACUGCAGUGGUCUCCAUAGCAGCGCUGUCCAUAGCGAUCCUGAUGGAAAGGCGGAGAACAGUGAUGACAGCGGUCUGGAGCGUACACGCAGGGUCCUCACCUUCCAGGUGGUCCCCUCCACCGUUACCAUGGAAACCCAGCCGGAGGCCAUGCCCCCAGAGGAGGAGGAGCCCAGGAAGAAGAGCGGCGGCUUCAGAUCGCAGCUGGCUCAGCUCCAUGCCAACCGCAGCCGUGUCGUCAGGGAAACACACACAUGACUGAUGACAUCACUGUCAGUUUCCAAAUAUGUUCUUUAUUGCCAUCCUUGAUUGUUUGUCAAUUCUCUACCUGCUUCUGCUCAGUUUGUUCUCCUUCAAGCAUGGCUGGAGGGAGUUACCAUCAUAUCUCUUCCAUUAGAGGGGACAUGCAUGGAGUUACUAUUUACACAGUGUCUCUUAUACUAGUUGAAUCUAGUUUUGAAUGUAAAUAAUAAUCAGCCUCAUUGUCAUGUUUCUGUUGAAGUUAGUUAUCUGUAUCAGAUCUUCCCUGUUUAUUUCACACUGAAGAAUACAUGUUAUUUUAUUGUAUCUCUUCUGUUCAGAGAUGAGGUCUCUACUACCAGACACAGCUGGGACAGUGCCCUCUACUGAUCUGGCCCGUAUUCAUAAACCUCAGAAUAGGACUGCUGAUCUAGGACCAGAUCAGAAUGAAGGGACAGGGGGUCCUGAUCCUAUUCAGAAGGGACAGGGGGGUCCUGAUUCUAUUCAGAAUGAAGGGACAGGGGGCCCUGGUCCUAUUCAGAAUGAAGGGACAGGGGGUCCUGAUUCUAUUCAGAAUGAAGGGACAGGGGUCCUGAUCCUAUUCAGAAGGGACAGGGGUCCUGAUCCUAUUCAGAAUGAAGGUACAGGGGGUCCUGAUUCUAUUCAGAAUGAAGGUACAGGGGGUCCUGAUUCUAUUCAGAAUGAAGGGACAGGGGGUCCUGAUUCUAUUCAGAAUGAAGGGACAGGGGGUCCUGAUUCUAUUCAGAAUGAAGGGACAGGGGGUCCUGAUUCUAUUCAGAAUGAAGGGACAGGGGGUCCUGAUUCUAUUCAGAAUGAAGGGACAGGGGGUCCUGAUUCUAUUCAGAAUGAAGGGACAGGGGGUCCUGAUUCUAUUCAGAAUGAAGGGACAGGGGGUCCUGAUCCUAUUCAGAAUGAAGGGACAGGGGGUCCUGAUCCUAUUCAGAAUGAAGGGACAGGGGGUCCUGAUUCUAUUCAGAAUGAAGGGACAGGGGAUCCUGAUUCUAUUCAGAAUGAAGGGACAGGGGGUCCUGAUCCUAGAUCAGCACUCCUAUUCAGAGAUGCUUUUUGAAUAUUGACCAAGGCUUGACAUUGCGAUGAAUUUGCUAGUGCCAACUGAAAGCUACUGGCCCGAAUGGGAAAUAAUACUAUCCUGGGUUGACAUCUGACAUAAACUCAGCAAAAAAAGAAA